UAAUGAAGGCCCAGCCCAUAACCACUGAAUUGGCUAGCACCACAGUCCACAUCCGACGCCUUAUCCUGCAACCGUCUUCCUCAUCCAUGGCAUAAAGCCACGCCUGGCGCCCACGUUGCUCGGCUCCGACCGCCACUCCAAUGGCAACUACGGUUGUGCUCCUGCCCUCCUCGGGCACGCCCUUCCCUGUCGCCACAACCGCUUCUUCUUCUUCCUCCUCCACCCGGCGCUGCUUGCUCCUGCCCUCCGUGCCUCCUCGCCGAGCUCACCGCGUCGUCGCCUCCGCCAUGAUUCUUCCUCCUCUUCUAAUCCAGUGGAGCUCCUCACAUGAUUCUACCACCCUUCUCCUCUUCGGCCUGUUUCCCCACUCGGCAUCUCUCCUCUCCCCACUGGCUAGGGCGAGGCUUCGAUGGGUUCCGGGGCCAGGAAUCCAGCAUCUACCCCAUCAGGAAAUCUGGAUCGGAGCCAAGAGAUCCAGCGGCCGGCCCUGCUCCUGCGCGCCCGAGGAGAAGAGAGGCCCUGAUCUGCUGGCCUGGGUGCCGGACUGCAGGCUGCCGCUGGCAUGGCGACAGGAGGCAGCGGAGGAGUACAUGGAGGGAAGCGAGUAGGAGGCCCAACUCACCUACCGCCAAGGAGCUCGCCCGUUGCGGAGGCCGAGCGUGCUCACCGGGGAAGACGGAGACCUAGGGUGCAAUCAGCGCAACAGCGGCCAUGAAACCCUAGCCCCGUCCGCCGCGCCGCCGCCUCACCGCCAGGCCGGUCCGCCUUGGGGUUUGUUGCUGGGAGAGAGGAGAGGAGCGUCGGGCAUAGGGAGUAUCGGGGGAGAUGGAGAGUUGCGAGCGGGGUGGGCACAGGUGCUGGAGACAGAGCGUCGGGGGAGAUGGAGGGCCACACGUGGGGUAGGCGACGGACAGGCUGAGGCAUGGUUUUUUUUUGCAUAUAUUAUAUAUCUAUCCUUUUAUCUUUUUUUUAAUAUUUAAUUGUGAAAAUAUCAGUUCACCUGCUUUUCUGUC